UUUACAAGUCAAGCUCAAACAAAACAUAAACUAACCAGAACGUUGUCUAUCUCUUUGGUUCGUGUACAGAGUCAUUUGAGUACAUACAAGCAGGAUUGAGGUGUUAUGGGUCCUCCCUGCAGUCUGGAUCAGAGCAGGAAUAGUGUGACCCGAAUUGAAGACUCUGGGGAAGGACAAGACGAAGAGUCCACUAGAGUUCUGAGAGUUCGGGUAGAAGAGAGUGUUUUUCCCAUUGACAGGGCCGUCCUGUGGCAGAAAUGUGAGUAUUUUCGUGCUCUCUUCCGCUCUGGGAUGAAGGACAGCCAGCAGAGUGAGUUCCACUUGCAAGGAGGCCUGAAAGCGAGGGGUUUCCUCAUCGCCAUGGCUGUUUUCAGGGGUGAGCAACCUGUAAUUCGGGACCCAGAUGAGAUUGUGGAGGCUGUUGAAUGUGCAGCUUUUCUGCAAGUGGACGUCCUGGUCCAACACUUAACUGACAUUCUUGAUACUGACAACUGUAUUCUUAUGUACCAUACAGCAUCGGUGUACGGCCUAUGGAGGUUGUUUCACAACGCUGCAGCGUUCAUCCGUGAUGCAUAUUUUGACCUGCAGGAAGCAGUCAAGGCACUUCCAGAGGAUAUGGUCUGCCACGUUGAGUCCUUGUCACCUGCAUCAUUCGUCGCUCUGGGAACCCAUUCUCCCUCCAUGAAGAUACUGCAGGACUCCUACAGGACAGUGUUUUACCUUGAUGAGAAACAGGGUGCUUGGAAAUACCUGACUGAUCUACCAACAGAUGCCAGCACUUCCAUGGCUGGGGUGGCCGUUGUGGGGAACCGUCUGUAUAUAGUCGGAGGUGUGCGAGGGGUAAGCAAGGAGACUGUAGACUUGAGUUUCAGUUAUGACACAGAAACCAACACAUGGAGUGUGUUUGAUGGUCCUCAGCAGUCAAGGUACAACUUUACCUUGGUGGGUCACAAUGAACACUUAUACGCCAUUGGAGGUGAGUUUGAUAAAAGAAUAAUGUCCUCAGUAGAAGUAUGUGAUGUUUCCACAGGUGCUUGGACAUUUUGUAAGCAUGCACCUCGUUCUGUGGCUGGAGUGGCAAGUGCUGUUGCCAGACGUAGGAUAUUUGUAUGUUUCUGGAAGCCUCCAGACACUACAGACAUAUAUGAAUAUGUACCCAGCAAUGAUGAAUGGACACUGACUACCACUAUGGUCAAACCUCAGAGUUACGGACACUGCAUGGUGGCUCAUGGUGACAACCUGUAUGUCAUGAGGAAUGGCCCCUGUGAUGACUUCCUGCGCUGCCUUAUGGACUGCUACAACAUCACUACAGGACAAUGGACGGCCAUUCCAGGACACUAUGUUAAUAGUAGGGGCGCUCUUUUCACUGCUGUGGUGAGGGGGGACUCUGCGUUCACUGUGAAUCGCAAUUUGACCCUGGAAUUCCUUAUUUGUGGUGACAAGUGGAAGCCCCGCAGACAAAUGAUGGGUUUUCCAAAAAGUGGCUCGCUUUGGACCUGCUUACUCCGACUGCCAAAGAGCAAAGAUAUACAGAAGGAAAUUGAAGAAGAGGAAGCAAUGGUGAUAGAUGUAAAUGUGGAAAGUGUAGAAGCUCUGGUAGAGGCUAAUUAUCCACCUUAGGGGUAUUAGAGUUAGAUGAUUGUGUUUUUUCAUUUGCAUACCGGUGGGUUGCAACCCAAAUAUGGGUCGUAGUUCUACUCUGAUAGGGCUGAUGGGGAAAAAUAUGCCUAAAUGCAAUUAAUAAAAUGCAACUAACCAUAUAAUAGUGCAUUGUUAGGGUAGAAAAAAACAGUUAAAAGGGAGGAGAAAAUGAUUCUCAUAGGUGUUGUUUUUGAGGUCAAAGGCUGUUCAUCCAACCAAACUCAAAUGUUAUUUUGGUACAAGUUCAUUUUUUCAAAUUAAAUUUUUGAGUGAACAAUCACUUUAAGGACAUUUGUACAACAAAAACUAUAUUGGAUCUAGUGUGUGGUGUUGGGUCGCCACUUGAUAUCCAUGAUGCAAAAUCUGGGUUAUGAAGCAAAACCAUUUGAGAACCAAUGUCCUAAGCCAGGGGUGUCCAAAAGUUUUCUAAUGGGGGCUAGAUGCAGAAAAAACAAGCUGUUGCAGGCUGCAGUUUUGUAAUAAUUGAAAAAAAGGAUAUAGAUGCUACUAGAUUGCCACUAUUCAUAUUGUAUGCUUAAUAUUAUGCAAGUUUUAAUCAUGCUAUUCUUAAGAAAGGAUAAUUCUCUCACCAACAACACUUGUAAUGGAACAGUGAUGUGUCUUCACAUUAUUUUUUUCUUCAUAGGCCUAUAACAUUUCUAUACGAAAUACUAUACUGGGAAAGAGCUUCUGUUACUUUCACUUUCCUUGGAUUUUGUGUUUUUUAAUUAUUUUCGUCCAUUUAGUGUUACUGCAAAGCACAUAUAGAACUGCUACUGAGCAAUGUUAGGUGUGACGCAUCACAAUAAUUAGAACCAGAUUAUGUUCUCCAGACUUCAUUUGCAAAAGAAUUACUCUUUUUUUUAAAAAUGUUUUAUUAUAGUUUGUUCUGUUGUUACUUGUGUUACAAUUACAAUUUUAAUUUGAUUAAAAUGACUGCGAUACAGUCACAGAUGCGCACGUUCAUUAAGCGCUCCCUUUUAUGUCCUCACUCUCAAGUGGUGCUGAGAAGCCUGUGAUUCAUUCUUCUUGUUUCAACGAACAUCAAAUAUAAUCAAUUCACAACAAUUAAAUAAACUUCCCAGUGCCACAGAGGACGUUCUGUGAGAAUGUGCUUGGCUCGCACGUAUUUGUGCGCACUCAAUAAACUCAGUGCAGCCACUUGCGCUGCACAACGACAUCUCUGCUCAGUUGUACGAUGUGUGUUGUACAACACGAAUACAAUAUCUACCCUGAUACCAGUCCUAUAACAAACGCAUUGUUCUUUUUGCGUGAUGCAUCAUCCAGACUCCUGUUGAAAUCUGCCAGUGGAUGAAGAUGAUGUCGACUGCAUUGAGAAUGCACUAGUGGAGACAAUGCGCUGUGAAAUGUGGCUGUACGUGAUAGUGACAUAGUGUUCAGAAUAUUAAUUUAAUAUAAUUUCCCAUAGCAGGCCAAAUUCUGUUGUAUUUCAAAAAUCUCAUGUGGGCCGAAUCAGAGCAGUCAGCUGUAGUUUGGACACCCCUGUUCUAAAUAGUAAAUGCCAGUAAAUGUAAUUUAGCAUAUUAUCUAUGUUAAAAAAAAAAUAAAUAAAUAAAAAAAUAAAUAAGUAGGUGUGAACAAUCUCUAUUGUCUCUAGUUCUCAAACACUCUUGUGCAUACAGUAUGCACAAGCACAAGUGUCCAUACUCUAACUGCGGUUCUCAGGCUUCUAUAAACAGCUCCCAGAUCGCUUUUGCAGCUGCUCUUAAUCAGCUGCAGCACCCUGCAGAUGGGUCUGAAGUUCAAAGUCUUCUCUGGAGAGCCCUAAUACCCUCCAUCCUCCUGUCUGUCUGUCUGUCUGACUGGAGGCUCCCACCCUGGGACUGGUACAGGAGCUACAAAGCAUUUCAACACAUAAAGACAAACAUACCACCACUUUUUUGCUUCCUUUCUUCCAUUUCUAUCAUUCGAAAAGAUUACUAUGUUGGCUUUUAGAGUAAUUACUGUUUCUAAGCAAAGCAGAAUGUAUUAUCAACCUGCAGGUCUUGUUGUUUGUCUUGUGUGUGGCUUAUAAACAAAAACACACAGCUUCUUUUUGAGCAUGAGAAACAGAUACAUAAAAGAUACGUGGUCAGUACAAAAGCCAAAACUGAUGAUAAAGGACAGCAGUACCAACGUGUCUUGCAUUGCAGUUAGUGAGAUUUAAUAGUAGAUAAUGCACAGUGUUGUGUUUGUAUCAUGCUCGCUACUGCAAAGACCAGCUUAGACAAGCUUGAAUUUCCAUGGUGGUCCAGAGUGGUUUAUGAUGGAUUGGUACUGUUCUAGCUGAUGGACUAGCAUAGCUAUCCCUGCUAAAAAAACAAAACAAAAAAACAGCUUAA